UCUCUCUCUCUCUCUCUCUCUCUCUCUCUCUCUCUCUCUCUCUCCUUUGAAAGAUGUUUCGGUUAAGCAACAAUCUCGUCGGCAUCCUCAACUUCCUAACCUUCCUGCUGUCGAUACCGAUACUCGGCGCAGGCAUAUGGCUGAGCAAGCGUGCGAGCACCGACUGCGAGAAGUUCAUGGAACGACCCAUCAUCGCCAUCGGCGUCUUCCUCAUGGUUAUCUCCCUUGCCGGCCUUAUCGGAGCCUGCUGCCGCGUGUCUUGGCUACUCUGGAUUUACCUACUCGUCAUGUUCCUCCUUAUCGUUCUCCUCUUCUGCUUUACAAUCUUCGCUUUCGUCGUCACCAACAAGGGAGCUGGAGAGAUCGUAUCGGGGAGAGGUUAUAAAGAGUAUCGGCUCGGUCAGUACUCGUCUUGGCUCCAGAAGAGGGUGAAUAACGAAAAGAACUGGAGGAAGAUCAGGAGCUGUUUGGCUGAUAGCAAUAUCUGUAAGAAGCUUGGGCAGUUGAAUGAUACUGAGGCUGUCUUUUAUCAGAAGCAUCUGUCGCCUGUUCAGUCAGGGUGCUGUAAGCCGCCCACGAGCUGCGGCUACACAUAUUCGAACGCAACGUUCUGGGUUCCCACUACCAUCAGUCAGGACGCAGACACGGACUGCACGAAGUGGAGCAACGACCAGGACAAGCUGUGCUACAACUGCGAUUCAUGCAAGGCGGGUGUCCUUGACAACCUGAAGCGGGAUUGGAAGAAGGUGGCCGUCGUGAACAUCAUCUUCCUCAUCUUCCUUAUCAUCGUCUACUCGGUUGGAUGCUGCGCUUUCCGGAACAACCGAGAGGACAAUGCCCUCCCCAGAUGGAAGUGAUACCUGAACGAGAGGCGACGGUCUUUACGGCCAUCUCAUGCAUCUCUUUGCUCUUGGUAUCAGGUGGGCUUCAUUAUCCCUUUCCUUCCCUUGUACUAGCUUUUUCUUUCCGUUUUUGUAUAGCUGUCUUGGGUUUGUAUUGUCUUCGGUUGGAUGCUGCGCUUUCCGGAACAACCGAGAGGACAAUGCCUUCCCCAGAUGGAAGUGAUACCUGAACGAGAGGCGACGGUCUUUACGGCCAUCUCAUGCAUCUCUUUGCUCUUGGUAUCAGGUGGGCUUCAUUAUCCCUUUCCUUCCCUUGUACUAGCUUUUUCUUUCCGUUUUUGUAUAGCUGUCUUGGGUUUGUAUUGUCUUGGGUUGUUAUGUUGCAGAGUCUUGUAGCUUUAGAGACAUAUAUGCAGUUAUAUGCUAUUGUGACA